AUGGCCUCUAAACACACCGAGAAGAAGAAUGUGCUGAUCACCGGCUGUACUACAGGCUCCAUUGGCCAUGCUCUGGCGCUUGAGUUUUGCUCCAAAGGCUUUCGUGUUAUCGCUACCUCUCGCAACAUCGCCACUAUGCCAGACCUCGCAAAGAACGGGCUUAUUGAUACCGUCCAGCUCGAUGUGUGCAACCAUGAUAGUAUCAUCAAGGCCAAGGCGGAGAUCGAGAACCUGACCGGUGGGAGACUCGAAUUCCUGGUCAACAACGCUGGCGGCACAGCCAACCUCACACCCGCAGCUGAAAUCGAUAUCGAACGUGCCAAACAAGAUUUCGAGCUGAACUUCUGGGGCGCUGUGCGAAUGGUCGAAGCAUUCACUCCCUUGCUCAUGCGAAGCUCUGCCGGCCAUAUCGUCAACAUCAGCACGACGGCGAGUGCAAUUCCCGUCCCGUACGUCAGCAUGUAUGGCGCGGCCAAGUCUGCGUUGAACUACUAUGGCGACGUGUUGAGGAUCGAGCUUAUGCCAUUCAAUAUAUCAGUGACGACGGUCAUAACGGGAGCUACCGCCAACUCGAAGAACCGGGACAGUAGCACCUCGGAGGAAGGCGCACUCAACCUCAGACCUGGGUCGCUGUACACAUCAGGAGCGCAAGCACAAAAGGACGCCUACCAGAAUGGGGUGGGUCAAGGCCACAAGCAGAUACUUGUACAUCGGCGCUCGGUCGACUCUGGCAUGGGUCGUACAGGCAUUUGUCCCGCGGUGGCUCGUCGCUCGCUCAUGUACGACAUGUGGGGGCUAAAGGAGGUCGCCGAAGGGCAGGGGAAGAAGAGGACACGAAUGUGA